AUGGCAGAUUGGCUAUCGAGUCGGUCGUCGGUUCUCGCUUCAAUGAUCUUGACUGUAGAGGAACGAUCCCGCGACAUGGAUGGUUACGUGCAACAUUUUGCUUGUGUCACCCCAGCUGCCGUUGCCUCUGGCAUGACAGAGGCUGCUUUGACACCCGUCGAGACACGACUUCUGACCAACACUUCGAAGGAACAACCCUAUGAUCCCUUCCAUGAAGCGCGGAUGCGUUUGUCAAUUGCGUUCCCGGAUAAGAGAUUACUACAAUACGAUUGUGGAAAGCUGCAACGUCUGGACAAGUUGUUACGGGACCUCAAAGCGGGCGGUCAUCGAGCUCUCAUCUUCACGCAGAUGACGAAGAUGCUCGACAUUCUGGAACAGUUCCUCAAUAUCCACGGCCAUCGCUACCUACGACUCGACGGAACUACAAAGGUCGAAUCGCGACAGAUGCUGACCGAGCGGUUCAACAGCGACCCUCGCAUCCUUGCCUUUAUCCUGUCCAGUAGAUCAGGUGGACUGGGUAUUAACCUCACGGGCGCCGACACCGUCAUCUUCUACGACUUGGAUUGGAAUCCAGCGAUGGACAAACAGUGUCAAGACCGCUGCCAUCGUAUCGGGCAAACCCGCGACGUCCACAUCUACCGCUUCGUCUCCGAGUAUACCAUCGAGUCCAACAUCCUCCGCAAAGCCAACCAGAAACGCAUGCUGGAUGACGUGAUCAUUCAGGAGGGCGAGUUCACCACGGACUAUUUCACCAAGUUGGACAACCAGGCGGUUAUCGAGGACGAACGGGACGGCCACGACGAGGCCAGCGCAGCCAUGGAUCGUGUCCUAGGCAACCGUGUGGCGAGUGGGACUCGCGCCUUUGAGCAAGUUGAGGACAAGGAAGAUAUUGACGCGGCCAAAAAUGCUCAGAAAGAGCUCGAGCACGCCGACGACGGUGACUUCGAGGACCGCUCUGCUUCACAUGGAACGCCCGCACUUGUCGGGACCCCACUGCCGACUGGCGACGAUGCUACACUGCUUAAUGAGCCCGUGCCUUCUCAUAUCGAUGACUAUUUGUUCCGUUUCAUGGAGUGGAACAUGCGAGACGAGCCCCUGGUGCUACCUGCGGACAAGAGCAAGAAGAAGUCCAAAAAAGGCAAGGAGCAUCGCCUCAAACGGCGCCGUUAA